AUGUCUUCCAAGCUCGAUCAAUCUCUUGAAGACAUCUCCAAAUCCCGUCGCCAGGCCCGCGGAAACAACCGUCGCCGCAGCAGCACAGCCAAGGCCACCACUACCAAGGCGCCUGUUGGGGGAAUCAAGAAGAACACCAAGCCUGCUAAAGGCCCUGCCAGAGGUCCUGUCAAGGGGCCGGCCAUCGGCCCUACUUCUCCAGUGAAUGAAAGCAAGAUCAUCGUCAGCGGACUGCCGCACGAUGUGAGCGAAGCCAGUAUCAAGGACUAUUUCGUCAAAACUGUUGGCCCUGUCAAACGGGUCACCGUCACGUACAACCAAAAUGGUGUCAGCCGUGGCAUUGCAUCCAUCGUUUUCAGCAAGCCUGACACUGCCGCCAAAGCUGCCAAGGAGUUGAAUGGAACGUUGGUCGAUGGACGGCCGAUGAAGGUCGAGGUUGUUGUUGAUGCAACUCACGCCCCUCAAGUUGCCGCUCCUAAGCCUUUGAGUGAGCGCGUCACCCAAGCGAAAGCACAACCUAAGCCUGUCACCGCUACUAAGAAUGCCGCUGCCGGAGGUCGGCGCGGUCGGGCUCGCCCACGCAAGCCCAAGAAUCCCACUCAGCGUAAGAAGACUGCAGAGGAGUUGGAUGCCGAGAUGGAGGAUUACUUUGUGGGGGCAGAGAACGCACCUGCAGGUACCACCAACACAAACGGUGCUGCCGCAGCUACCGGCGACGAAACCAUGGCCGAGAUUUCCUAAACAUUCGAUACCCUUUCUAACCGACUGAUGCUCUUAUGGAGCAUCACUCAAUAUUCGUCUGACGGAUGUUUAAUUUUUUUCUUACCUUGACUUACUCGUGGUUUUGUUCUCGACGCAAUGUCUGUAUUAAAUGGACGACUGGUUUACAUUUUACUUUUUUAUUAGCUUUGAUCAAUUCAUUUGGAUUUU